GAUGGAUGGAUGGAUGGAUGGAUGGAUGGAUGGAUGGAUGGAUGGAUGGAUGGAUGGAUGGACGGACGGAUGGACAAACGGACACAACCUCAAGCUCCUUUUGACUGGAGCCUUUCCUCAAGAGCCCUACGGGCGCCGCCCUGCCUUUGGCCGCUCCUUGCUCUGCAUUUUGGCACUUCCCGCUCUCUCCUGGCAGCCCCUGCGGCCCCACAUCCCCACCUGCCUCCCUCGCAGGUGAAAACCUCCUCCCCCACCCAAACAAAUCUUUGUGGGGUGAAAAAUAAUUUUUAAGAAAGACCCAAGCCCAGCGCUGAGCUCCUUGGCCGGGGCUCGCUUGGCACGGGGAGCGUCCCCGCGACAUCCGGGCUGCAGCCGGAGCAUCUGCGCCGGAGGGCUCGGGGUGCGCUGGGGAGGGAGAGAGGAAAUCUGGAACCCAUAAGCUCCAGAGCGUUCCCUGCAUUGGUCUGAGCCCGGUCCGCCCCCGCUCGCUCGCCCUAUCAGCAGGAGCCCUUCCCAAAACCAUCCCGGCGCCUCCUGUCUGCUGGCCCAAAGGAGAAGCCAAGGAGCUCCUUGGAGGCUCAGCGGGGCUUUGGGGCGCUCCUCGGGGAGCCCCGAGGGGCCGCGCCUCAGGAACCACCCCCGGCUCCUCCUCAGCGCGAAGGACCCAGGAGAUGAAGGAGGAAAACCUUUCCCCGCCUUCCCCGGAGGGCAGCGCGGCCACCAGCGAGGACGAGGCCGAGCGGCUGCCCAAAAAAACCGGCCGCAAGCGCGGUGGGCAAUCGCUCGGAGGAGCCCGCUCGCCGCAGGGCAAGCGCAGCCGGAGCUGCCCGGCCCCGCAGCCCCCCGAGGACGCGCACGCCCAGCGCGUCAUCGCCAACGUGCGGGAGCGCCAGCGCACCCAGUCCCUCAACGACGCCUUCGCCGAGCUGCGCAAAAUCAUCCCCACGCUGCCCUCGGACAAGCUGAGCAAGAUCCAGACUCUCAAACUGGCCGCCCGCUACAUCGACUUCCUGUGCCAGGUGCUGCAGAGCGACCAGCUGGACCACAAGGUCGCCAGCAGCUGUAAUUUCCUCGCCCACGAGAGGCUCAGCUACGCCUUCUCCGUGUGGAGGAUGGAGGGCGCCUGGUCCAUGUCGGCGUCGCGCUGAGCUGGGUCUCCACCUCCAUGGAAGCAGCUCCAGCACCCGAAAAAACCCCAGGAGCCUCCCUGGAGAGAGGAGGGAAUGACGCCAAACCCUCCACGAGCCCCAAAAACUUUGGGGAGCCGCAGCAGGAGCGGCUUUGGGUUGGUUCAGACUCUGCUGGAGGAACUCGGGGCUGGAAUUUGUUAAAAUUUCUCCUGGGCUCGCAGGUAAGGAACGAUCCCAGUUUGAGCCAAGUCCUCCCCGGAGCUCCUGGAGCUGCCCCAAGCCUGUGGGAUGAGGGGAAGGGGAGGGGCUGGAGCCCACAGCGACCUCGGGGGUCCCUGAGCUUGGAUCCCGCUGCGGAGGUUCUGCAUUGCUGGGAUUGUGAUCCUGAGAUCCCAGGGAUUGUGGUGAUCCCAGGGAUUGUGAUCCUGAGAUCCCAGGGAUGUGAUCCCAUGGAUUGAGGUCCUGAAACCCCAGGGAUGUGUUCCCACAGACUGUGGUGAUCCCAUGGAUCGAGAUCCUGAAACCCCAUGGAAGUGUUCCCACGGACUGUGGUGAUCCCAGGGACUGUGAUCCUGUGAUCCCAGGGAUGUGAUCCCAUGGACUGUGGAGAUCCCAUGGAUUUUGUUCCCAUGGAUUUUGGGGAUCCCAUGGAUUUUGGGGAUCCCACAGAUGAGCACAGUGAGAAUUUGGGGGAUUUGGGGGCCGCUGACCCCACCCAGCCACUCCUGCCCCUCCAAAACCGCCCUGCUGGAACCUCCCAGUUCUUCAGGAUUGAUCAGAAAUCGAAGCUGAAGAUUAACCCCGUGGGAUUUUGGGGCCAUUUCAGGAAUUCCGAGGGGGUUUGGACUCUUUUGGGGGUGAGGAAAGGACAAUGGAAAUGUUUGGGUGCCAAAAAUGCCCCAAAUAAAGCCAAGGGGAAUUUUCCAGGGUUCAAUCCUCAUUUCCUACAAUUCCCUGCACCUCCCUUGGCUGAGCCACUUUUAUGGGAAUCAGGCAAAAAAAAAAAAAAAAAA